AUGGACAGAGCUGAUGUUCAGGUACAUAAAGCCUUCCAAAAACAGGCGAACGUGAGUAUUAAGAAACUCCAGAAACUGGGACAUAAAGCCAGAUACUGGAAAGAUGUUGGUAUGGGUUUUGUAACACCAAAGGAGGCAAAAGAAGGCCACUAUGUGGAUAAGAAGUGCCCAUUUACAGGAAACGUCUCCAUCAGGGGAAGAGUUUUAAAGGGCAUGGUGAUCUCACACAAGAUGAAGAACACUUUGGUCAUGAGGGUCAACUACCUACAGUAUGUUCCAAAGUACAAUAGGUUUGAGAAGAGACACAAGAACGUUCCUUGCCACGUCUCACCCUGUUUCACAGUGUCAGCCGGUGAUAUAGUAACUGUUGGCCAGUGUAGACCACUUUCAAAAACCGUGAGGUUUAAUGUUCUAAAGGUCGAGAAAAAUGAAAUCUUCGGCAACCCUCGCAAACAGUUCAGACUCUUCUAA